CCUGUUGUGGGAGUGGGCGGGGCCUGAGAGAUUCGAAAGGAGCCCCGCCCCCUCAGAGCUGGUUCCCGGGCUGCAUUGUGGGAGCAAAGCACCUUCCGCGGGAGCCCAAGACUAGACGGACUGCUGCUCCUGCUGGCUGGAACAUGGAAGAUUUGGGGGGAGAUGUCAAGUUUAUUGUGGAUGAGACCUUGGACUUUGGAGGACUGUCCCCCUCUGACAGCCGUGAGGAGGAAGACAUAGCAGUGCUGGCGACCCCAGAAAAGCCCCUCCGCCGAGGCCUCUCCCACCGAAGUGACCCGAAUGCCGGAACCCCCACCCCUCAGGGUCUGAGGCUCAGCUUAGGUCCCCUAAGCCCAGAGAAACUGGAGGAGAUCCUGGAUGAGGCCAACCGGCUGGCAGCGCAGCUGGAACAGUGUGCCCUACAGGAGCGGGAGAGUGUGAGUGAGGGCCUGGGGCCGCGUAGGGUGAAGCCCAGCCCUCGCAGGGAGACCUUUGUGCUGAAGGACAGUCCUGUUCGUGAUCUGCUGCCUACUGUGAGUUCUUUGGCUCGGAGUACCCCUUCCCCAAGCAGCCUGACACCCCGAGUCCGGAGCAGCGAUAGGAAGGGGUCAGUCAGAGCUCUUCGGACAACAUCUGGAAAGAAGCCCUCCAGUGUGAAGAGGGAGUCGCCCACUUGCAAUAUGUUCCCCACAUCCAAGAGCCCAGUAUCUUCUUCUCUUGCCCGAUCAACUCCUCCAAUCCGAUCAACUCCUCCAGUCCGAUCAACUCCCCCAAUCCGAUCAACCCCUCCACUGCGAUCAACCCCUCCACUCCGGGGGAAAGCUGGGCCUAGUGCAAGAGCGACAACAAGUCCCUCUGUCCCUAUCAGACCAGUCACGGCCCCACAGUCUUCUACCAGCACCUCUCAGCGCCUGUCCCGACCACAGGGGGCAGCAGCUAAACCAUCCAGUCGGCUCCCUCUUCCCUCGGCCAUCCCCAGGCCAGCCAGCAGAAUGCCACUCACCAGCCGAACUGUACCACCCAGCAAAGUGGCUCUACCUCCAGAUUCUCUACCAACUUGGAAAGGACUCCCAAGACCAAGUGCUGCAGGGCACAGAGUUCCUGUUUCCCAGCGAUCAAAUCUUGCUAUCUCUGGUGCCACUCGCAGCAAUCUGCAGCCCCCCAGGAAAGUUGCAGUUCCGGGACCUACGAGGUAA